AUGCCAUCCUCUAAGAUACUGAGUACGCUGUUACUGAUAAUAGCAGGUGCCCUUUUUUCGUUGAAGGUAUUAAGUGGGUUUUUACCACAUUUUGUUCGAACACCUCCGGUGAAAUGGCGAAAAAGAGUCAACCGCGCUAUUCUAGCUGCUGAAAAGGCUACCAAGAAGAUCCCAGUGCUUGAUUUUGGUUGGAAAACAGGCAGCGUGAGAAGACAAAUGAUUUUGGCUUCAUUCAAACCGUCUGACUACUCUAACAGAGUUUAUGGUUCUAAGAUAGCCGUUGGCCCUGAAGAUCGUCAAAAUCGCGAAACUUUCAUAAAUCGCAUGAUUCCUGCGAAAAGAACGUAUAACAGAGUCAUCUAUGGAUUUUUCCACCCUUACUGUGACGCUGGUGGUGGAGGUGAAAAAGUCUUGUGGAAAGCUGUUGAGACAACAUUGCAAAAAGACUCUAAUUGUGUGACAGUAAUCUACACGGGCGAUUUCGAAACCUCGGGCGAAGAAAUACUUUCAAAAGUCAGCAAAAGGUUUGGCUAUGAGCUCGAAAGUUCCAGGGUUGUAUUUGUGUUCCUUAGAAUGAGACGCUACGUUGAUCCCAAGACAUGGCCAAGACUUACACUUCUAGGACAGGCAAUGGGAUCGAUAGUCUUGGCUAUUGAAGCCUUGUACAAACUUUCCCCAGAUGUAUGGUGUGAUACAAUGGGUUAUCCAUUUACUUAUCCAAUUGCGAAAUGGGUUGCAAGGAUUCCUGUAAUAACAUACACACAUUAUCCAAUAAUAUCAUCAGACAUGCUAGACAAACUAUCCCAAAUGCCCAACUUCAAAAGCAACAUUGGAUUGAGACUCAAGUUUUUGUAUUGGAGGAUUUUCAUGAUUUUAUACAGUGGCACCGGAAGCUAUGUGGACAUUGCAAGCACAAAUUCUACUUGGACUCAAAACCAUAUCAAAAAAAUCUGGCCUAUUUGCGACAGCAGGAUUAUUUAUCCACCAUGUUCAACGGAAAACCUUAUUUUUAAAGAAGAAAGCAGCGGUUGGGAAAGAGAAAACCAAGCUGUUAUCAUCGCUCAAUUUAGACCUGAAAAGCGACACAGUCUGAUCGUCACUUCGUAUGCCUCAGCUCUAGAGAAGCAAAAGCUCGAAAAGAAUGUGAAACUUCCGAAACUAGUUUUCAUUGGAUCAACUAGGACCGAGGAAGAUCGCCAAUACGUUGAAAAACUGAAGAAACUGUGCUUUGAUGAAUAUACUUUACCCAAGGAGCUGGUGGAAUUCAAAACCGAUUGCGAAUACACUAUUAUGAAAGAUUACUUGCGCAAUUCUACUUAUGGAAUUAAUGCAAUGUGGAACGAACAUUUUGGUAUCUCUGUCGUCGAAUAUGCGGCGUCGGGCUUGAUUCCUCUCGUUCACGCUUCCGCUGGUCCCCUUUUGGAUAUUGUAGUGCCGUGGGAUACUAAGUUGAAUGGACAGGUGUCCGAGUGUAAUGAUUCAACUAGGACAGGCUUCUUCUUCAAAGAUCCCUCGGAUCCGGAUUUUGCAAAAUAUACUUCAAAGAACUACAAGACGCUCAGGGAUAUAUUUUUACAGGUUUCCGAAAUGAGUGACGAAGAAAAGCUUGCCAUAUCACAGAGAACCAAGAAAUGCGUUCUCAGUAAAUUUUCGGAUACAACGUUUUCUGAAAAAUGGAACAGAGUGCUUGAAGAUCUUCCAGAGAUCGAACUAGCGCAUCAAUAG